AUGUCGCCUGUGGCUACAAAGGACAAGGGAAAAGAGACUGAGAAGAGUCCUUCCAAGGUUUUCUUCUCGAGCUUUGAUGUCUCGGAACAAGUGUUCUACAGUGCGGAUGAUGCUGUCGCUCUGGUGAACCUCAAGCCUGUGGUGCCUGGUCAUGUGCUUGUGAUCCCACGCACCCAGUACCGCCGUUUCGCGGACAUCCCACCUGCAGAGGUGGGGGCUCUCUUUGAAGUCGUGCAGAAAGUCGGUACCAUUGUGGAGAACGCGUAUAGUGGUACGGCACUCACGAUUUCCGUGCAGGAUGGUGCGUCUGCGGGUCAGACAGUGGACCAUGUGCAUGUACACAUCCUGCCGCGUCGUGAGGGUGAUAUUGAGCCGAACGACAAGGUGUACGACAUGCUAGAGACCUUUGGUCUGGAGCUCAACAAUGUCCAGGCUGGAAAGAAGAUGGACAGUGAGCGCAAGCCUCGUUCCAUGAAGGAGAUGAAAGCGGAAGCCAAGUGGCUCAAAGAGCAGUCGAACAAGGUGCUUGGCAAGCAACGCAAGGGCAAACUCCCUGUGACGCUGCUGAGCGGAUUCCUGGGUGCCGGUAAGACGACGCUCUUGCGUCAUAUUCUGUCGAGCCCGGACCACGGCCUGCGUAUUGCCGUGAUUGUAAACGAUAUGAGCGAGCUAAACAUUGAUGCUCAACUGAUUGCUGGCCGUCGUCUCAUCCAGGGCAAUGAGCACCUCAUUGAGAUGUCGAACGGCUGCGUGUGCUGCACGCUGCGUGCUGAUCUGCUCGAGGAGGUUGCGGUCCUGGCGCGUGACCGUCAUAUUGACUAUUUGGUCAUUGAGUCGAGUGGUAUUUCCGAGCCGAUGCAGGUUGCUGAGACGUUCAGUGCUGAGUUCUCAGAGAAUGCGGUGGACGAUGAGCGAGUCGCUGCCAUUCUCCAGCGUGGUGGCUUGCCAGCCGUGGCGCAGCUCGACACUUGCUGCACGGUUGUGGACGCCGCCAGUGUAUUCCACGACUUCCACACGUCCGACUUUUUGGUCGAUCGUCAUGCGGGCAUGGUGCCAGAGGAGGACGACCGCAACAUUAGUGACCUCAUGGUUGACCAACUUGAGUUUGCUGACUGUGUGAUUGUGAACAAGAGCGAUCUGGUGUCGGCAGAUGCGCUGAAACAGGUGAUCUCCCUGGUCAAGAAGCUCAACCCGUCGGCAAACAUUAUUCCUGCAUCGCAUGGCAAAAUUGACGUGAAGGCCGUCCUAGGCACCAAAAGCUUCAGCUUUGAGAAAGCUGCUAUGAGUGCCGGCUGGCUGCGCAGUCUGGUCGAAGACGUGAAGCCUGAGACGGAAGAGUACGGUAUUAGCAGUUUUGUGUACCGUGCCCGUCGCCCCUUCCAUCCUGAGCGUCUAUGGAAGACUAUCCGCAACUGCUUUGUCGUGAUCCAGGAAGAGUUUAUGGAUGACGGUGUCGAAGAAGGCGAAGAAAUGGAUGAAGAUGAGAAGGAAGACAAGGGAGAGGGCGAGAAAAAGGAUGGCGAAGACAUCGAGGUCGAUGGCGAGGACGAGGACCAGCCAGCUUUGCGCCCGGAAGCUCGUCUCAAGUGCAAGCGUGAGUCGAAGGUAUGGGGUCCACUGCUUCGAUCCAAGGGCUUCUUGUGGCUGGCCACACGCCCGUUGAUGUUUGGCGAGUGGUCGCAGGCCGGUGUGAUGCUCACUCUCACUGGUGGUGCCCGCUGGCGUUGUGAGGUGCCUGACGAGGACUGGCCUGAGGACGAAGAGAUUGUUGCGGCGAUCAAGAAAGACUUUGACCCCAACACGCCCUGGGGUGACCGUCGUCAAGAGCUGGUGUUCAUCGGUAACGGCAUUAGCAUUGAUGCGAUUCGUGAAACUAUGAACGCAUGCCUCCUUAACGAUAAUGAAUGGAAGCAAUGGGAGGAGAUUAUGAGCAAGGACAUGACGAUGGAGGAGAAGCAUGAGGCUUUGGUCGAGAUCUUUGAUGACGGUUUCGAAGACUGGGUCGAUCAAGAAGAGGACGACCACGACCACGAGCAUGACCACAUGGACGAAGCGUAA